AUGUCGCCCAGAUUGGCGUUAUGGGGGCCCCACCCUGGAACCAGGCCUGGGGUGUAUGCUCACCAGCGAGCACCUGGUGGUCGGGCCUUUGCCCACAGGGCCCGAUCGGGCAAGGCCCGAAAGAGCGACGUGGUGCCAUUCCCCCGUGGACCCACCACCUGCAGGAGGAUCCAUAGGGGGUCGUUCACCUCAGUGAACGAGAGAGUCGCGACCCUGCGCCUUCGAGUCGGGGACAGGUGUCUCACUGUAGUGUCAGUCUACGGGCCCAACAGCAGUGCAGAGUACCCGGACUUCUUGGAGUCCCUGGGAGGGGCACUAGACAGUGCACUCACCGGGGACUCCAUUGUUCUACUGGGGGACUUCAGUUUCCCAAACCGUGUUGUGGACACUGUCAGGGAUGCCGUCAGGCUGAAGAAGGAGUCCUACCGGGCCAUGUUGGCUCGUGGGACUUCUGAGGGUACUGGCGGGCAAAAUGUGCUGCAACCCAGUAGCGCUUCCAUGAAUUCAUCGUCUGGUCAAAAUGGGUCAUCUUAUGGCCGCUAUCCAGACUCUUUCACCAUGGCUAUAGCCAAAAAUUUAACAGUUGUUCUGCUUGGAGUAUCUAUUAAUUACUUAAACGGGACGCUCAUUUACACCUUCAGUAAACACCAGGUCUUUUACCACAACCCUCGCUACAUCCUCUUCAUCCAUCUGGUGGUGAAUGACAUGAUCCAGCUCACCACUGCCAUCACUCUCUUUGUGUGCUUUUAUGUUUUCUACACCAUCAACACAUUUCUAUGUUGCUUUAUUCUUGCAUUUGCUGUUUUCACAACACUCAACUCUCCUCUGAAUUUAGCAGCGAUGGCGGUGGAGUGCUAUUUUGCCAUAUGUUUCCCCCUUCAGCACCCCCAGUUGUGCAGCAUCAAAAAGAUUUACAUAGUGAUCACAUGUGUGUGGACCUUGAGCAUAUUGUCAUUUUUACCAGACAUAUUUUUUCUUGCUGUAACUGAGCCUGCUCUAUUCUUCUCCACUGUUUUAUGUGAGGCAACACAUUUGUUUCAGAAUCCCAUAAUGAUAAAAAAGAGAGAAGUCAUAUUUGCAGUGUAUUUUGUUGGUGUUUGGCUUGUUCUGAUUUAUACUUACAUUCAGAUAUUUUUAGUUGCCAGAUCAGCAAAAACAACAAAUAGUGAUGCCAAAAAGGCCAGGAAUACCAUUUUGUUACAUAGUUUUCAGCUCCUUCUGUGCAUGUCAACAUAUGUGUAUCCAUCUGUCCAAAAUAUUGUUUUAAUUAUGUUCCCAAGAAUAUAUAUCCACUUUAUGUUUGUGUGGUACAUAUUAUUGCAAAUCGUCCCUAGGUUUCUGAGCCCCAUGGUUUAUGGGCUGCGAGAUGUAAUGUUUAGAGAAUAUCUGAAGAAGCAUCUCUCCUGCAGUGACACUAAUCAACUGUCAACCCGUAGGAGAUAA